AUGGCUUCCAUGUUCGAGCAGCCGAGAAACGGCACCCUCUUCCUGGGAGGCACAAAGAUCUCCGGCACUGAAAUCCGCGACCAGAACGUUCUUGCUACGCAAGCCAUCGCCAAUGUCGUCAAGAGCUCGUUCGGCCCCAGCGGCCUCGACAAGAUGAUGGUCGAUGAUAUCGGUGAUGUGACGGUGACAAACGAUGGCGCGACUAUCCUCAGUUUACUCGACGUCGAGCACCCCGCCGGCAAGAUCCUCGUCGACCUUGCGCACCAACAAGAUAAGGAAGUCGGCGAUGGCACAACGUCGGUCGUUUUGAUUGCGGCCGAGCUGCUGAAGAGAGGAAACGAGCUGAUGAAGAACCGGAUACACCCUACCACCAUCAUCACAGGUUACCGUCUGGCCCUCAGAGAGGCGGUCAAGUACAUGAACGAGCACAUCAGCAUCAAGGUCGACAAGCUCGGGCGGGAGUCUCUGAUCAACAUUGCCAAGACUUCCAUGAGCAGCAAGAUCAUCGGCGCCGAUUCUGACUUUUUCUCGAACAUGGUGGUGGAUGCUAUGCAGGCUGUCAAGACAACGAGCAACAAGGGCGAGACCAAGUACCCGGUCAAGGCUGUUAAUAUUCUCAAGGCCCACGGCAAGGGUGCUCUCGAGUCUGUGUUGGUCAAGGGGUAUGCGCUCAACUGCACUGUCGCUUCCCAGGCCAUGGUGACCCGGAUAACAGACGCCAAGAUUGCCGUUCUCGACAUGAACCUUCAGAAGGAGCGCAUGAAGCUCGGCGUGCAAAUCACCAUCGACGACCCCGAUCAGCUCGAGGCGAUCAGGCAAAGAGAAGCGGGCAUGGUUAUGGAACGCGUGGAAAUGAUUCUCAAGGCCGGCGCCAACGUUAUCCUUACCACCAAGGGUAUCGAUGACCUCUGCCUAAAGUUGUUCAUUGAGCGCGGUGCUAUGGCUGUACGUCGGUGCAAGAAGGAGGAUCUCCGCCGCAUUGCCAGAGCCACCGGCGCCACCAUGCUCAGCUCCCUCUCAGACUUGAACGGUGACGAGAAGUUCGAGGCCUCCUAUCUUGGUCACGCCGAGGAGGUUUCACAGGAGCGCAUCUCAGACGACGAGUGCAUCUUGGUCAAGGGCACCAAGGUUCACUCUUCGGCCUCCAUCAUCCUCCGUGGCCCCAACGAGUUCACCCUCGACGAAAUGGAGCGCUCCGUUCACGACAGCUUGUGCGCCGUCAAGCGGACGCUGGAGAGCGGCAGCCUUGUCCCCGGCGGUGGUGCCGUCGAGACUGCGCUGCACAUUUACCUCGAAGAAUUUGCCGGCACAGUCGGCUCCCGCGAGCAGCUCGCCAUUGGCGAGUUUGCCCAGUCAUUACUUGUUAUUCCCAAGACCCUGGCCGUCAACGCGGCCAAGGACGCCUCAGAGCUCGUCGCCCAGCUGCGGUCGAGACACGCGCUGUCGCAGCGCAUCCAGGAGGGCGAGGCGAACGAGGACGAAAAGUCAGUUGCCCGCAAGAAGGCGUACAAGAACUAUGGUCUUGACCUCAUGAAGGGCAAGGUCGUGGACUCGAUCAAGAACGGCGUCAUGGAGCCAAGCAUGAGCAAGAUUAGACAGCUGAAGAGCGCCGUAGAGGCGUGCAUCAGCAUCAUGCGUAUUGAUACACUCAUCAAGCUCGACCCAGAGGCGCCAGCGGAUGACGGACAUGACGGACAUGAUCAUUAG